CCGUCCGAUUCGUCACCCCGUGAAAAUAUCAGAUCGAGGAUAAUAAAAAUCCAUUUCCACAUCCAGAUGAAAAAAAAAAAAACCAAGUAGCGUGGAGGAACGAAAAGAAAAUGUUAGUUUUUUCUUUCCGGGAUCCAAGCUUGAAAACGAAAGGAGAGAGAGGGUAAAAACUAAAGGAGAAAAGAUUUCUUAUGGCAUCUCUCAUCGCUCCUGCUUCGAAGAACUAGGGUUAGGGUUAGGAAUCUGGGACAAUAGCCGAAUCCAUCCGUCCAUCGAUCCAUCAGUGUAGGAAAAGAAGAGAAAGGAUGUGGCACGAGGCGAGGAGGUCGGAGAGGAAGGUUCACGAUUUGAUGGACGCUGCUCGUCGCCGGGCGCAGAGACGGGCUGUCUUCUUGGCGAAGAGGCGGGGCGAUCCUCAGCAAUCUCUCCAGGUUAUCGGAUCUCGCUGCCGCACGUAUCGCGAUGAUGGCCUCUAUCAGGCCACCCAAGAUCAGCAGGGCCUGAUACCUUGGAAUGGAAAACAGAAUAUAUUGAUUGACAGAUUCGAUGGCCGUGCUCUCCUUGAUUUCAUUCGUGAUUCUGAUUCACGAGUUUUUCGGGUCCAAGAGAAAACAGAGGAAGAGGAAGAACUAGAAGAGUUUGUUAAUUUUGAGCGUUAUCGGGAUUUAAUUAAGCAUCGCCGUAGAGGAUUCACCGAUGAAGAGGGUUUGAAACAUACUAACGAAGAACUGGAGGCAAAGAUCAUCGCUCCUUUUGCUUCUGACAGACCACAUCAAUCGCAGCCUCCAGCAAGCAAGGGUUCAUACUCACAAGUGGGAUUUACCUAUGGAGGAGAUGGAAAGGAUGAAUCCCAUCUUUUGGAAAUUGAUGAUGACGACGAUGAUGACGACGACGACGAUGAUGAUGAGAAGGAGAUUAGUAGUGAUGACAGCAAUGAUGAAGGAAUGGAUAUAAUUGCUAAAGAAUUUGGAGUGAAGAGGUACAACUGGCUUGUUUAUAUGGAUAGAAAAGCCAAAGAGGAAGAGAAACGACAAAAGGAGGUGGUUAAGGGGGAUCCUGCAAUUAGAAAGCUGAGUCGCAAGGAAAGGAGGAAGGCUUCGCAGAUGGAAAGAGAAAGAGAGAGGGAAGCUGCACGUAUAACUGGAAGCCGGGUGCUCCAUCACGAUCCCUAUAGGGAGCCUCGACGAAGUCCCACUUAUGAAGCUUAUUCUCGUUCCAGAAUAUCAAGAUCCAGAUCCCGAUCGCAUUCCCCAUCAUACUCAAGACGAUAUGAUCGUGGCGUACAUGCUGAUAAUGGGCAUCGCAGCAAACCAAGGGCAUCCAAAAUUGAGUACAUCACUGAGUAUGGGGGAUCCCCCAACUUGGAUGAUCAGAAGCUAGAAGGAAUCUCUCCACCACCAUCUCCAUUUCAACCUGAUACACCGAACCGGCCAUCAGCUGGUCAUAUACUUGAGGCACUUCAUAUUGAUCCUGCAUCUGCUGUAUCUCUCGAUAAGGAAAAGAAUACCAAAGUGCUGAAACCAUCAGUGAGCACAUCGUCAGCCAUUGCAAAGCUAAGCAAGCCAACUGCUACUGGAGGGACCUUGAAACCACAGCAGGGUGAGAAGAAGGAAACUCCUCAGGAACGUCUCAAACGCAUAAUGAGCAAACAACUGAACAAACAAAUUAAAAAAGACACUGCUGCUGAGAUGGCAAAAAAACGAGAACAGGAACGGCAAAGGCUGGAGAAACUUGCUGAAACAAGCAGAAUAAGUCGAUAUAGGCAUCGGAGCAGCCAUAGCAGAAGCCGCAGCCGCUCUCCGCCUAGAAGGUACCGGCGUAGCAGAAGCCGAAGUAGAAGCAGGAGCCCUCGAAGAUACCAUUCACACUCCCGAUCUAGCAGAAGCCGAAGUAGAACCAGGAGCCCUCGAAGAUACCAUUCCCGCUCCCGAUCACCCAGGGUGAGAAGCCGCUCCAGAUACUGAGGAGAUGUUUCAGCAAAUGUGAGGUUUUGGAUUUCAUCUGUAAUGUAUCCUUUGGGAUUCCUUGAAAGCUCUGCUUAUGUUCUGGUCUUUGAAAUAUUAGAGCAAUAGAGAUUGUCUUGCAUGAUUA